UAUACCUUUGUCCACACCGUGUUUUCAAUGUGUUAUUAUUUUCCUCCGAGAACAGUCGCGGCCCACGCACCUCAGCCAGGGUGCUGUCCUGUGGCUGAGGGACUCUUACGUGCUGCUCCAACCGAUGACCAUUAUUAACUAAAUGGAGCCCACAGCGGGCAGAGGCUGGUUGUGUUUCUGGUUAGGCUGAUCUUUUAUUCCUGACUUCUAGAUAAUGGAAAUUCCCUCCCGUCUGCCUCCUCCCUCCCUCCAUCCCUCCCUCUCUCCCUCCUCUCCGCCCUUUUUCCUUCCUUCCUUCUUCUCUCCUCUUCUCUGCCCACACAGAGGGCUGCUGUGUCUCCCGCCUGCCUUCCCUGCUCCCUUGGCCACAGUGCAAGCGACAAGGUCUGCUGGCUCCCUGAAGGCAGAGUGUUCAGCAACGUUCACGGGGACAAGAUCCUCUCCAGGUUCCUCAAGGGAAGCGUCCUCAAGAGAGUGUUCGGGUCACCGCAGAUGAGGCAGGGGAUUCCUGAGGACCAGAGAGAGGACGCCCACCGUACCCUUCCUGACCCCAGAAAGGCCUCACUAUGCAGUUUAGGCCAGUCUUGAGCUCACUUUGUAGCCCGGGCUGGUCUCGAACUUGCAAGGAUCCUCCUGCCUCAGCCUCCCAAGCCUGGGAUUACAGGACUCGGGGCGAUCAGAGGAACAGCUGCCCCGUGAUGGGGCAAAGAGCCGGCGAGGCGUGGGGGCCCGUGCUCGGCGUGUCGGUGUCCAGCGGCUCCCGGGAGAGCUUAUCUUACUGGAAUUUGGAUUCAGAAAUGUCCACUCCUGAAAGUAAAAACCUCCCUCGAGGAAGGAACAGUUCAGCCGGUGACAAGAAUUAUAUGUAUCUUAGAACUGAGCAGGGGCAGAGAUUUGUUUCAGUGUCUGCUGCUGCUUUGCAGAACUGUUUGGAGAUUUCCAUCAUGCAGCUGAUGCUAGAACUGAGUUUGUCAGAUCUUCCCCUAAGGAGAGCACAGAGCAGCAAACAAGGAAUAUUCCAGCUAUGGAGUUACCCUUUUAACAAUGAACUUGGUAUGGAGAACAGGGAAUUCGAAAACUCUUCCGUGGAAGCCGGCUUUGACGGGAGCGGUAGUUCCACAGAGCCCUGCACUCUGAGCCACCCUGCAAGCACCUGGGUCAGUGCGCGAGCUGCUUCUCACACCUCACUGCCGACGCCCAGUUUCUCCUGGUCCUACACUGAUGGAGACUUUUUUAAGGGCCGAAAUGAGCUUCAGGUGAAUUCAUGUUCCACUACCGAGAACACCUCCGGAGAAGCUUUGCCCACUCCAGCUUGUAAUCAGGGACAUGGGAACAGCAGUGUGGAAGAAAAUUUAACAGAUGAAAGUGAUUUAUCAGAGAACGAGAAGGCAAGUGACACCUUGCUCAGCUACACUAAGAUGGACCUGGAUUUGAAGCCAGAGACGAUAGACAGCGUUGAGGAAUGCUGCACCGAGGAGCCCAGCGAAGCGUUUCUGUACCCCGACUUUCUUCCCACUCCCUUCGACACUCUGGACUUGCACAAAUUGGCCUUUUCAAAAUUUGAAAACUGGAAAGCGGCCGUGGACCCUCAGGACAGCUCUACGGAGCGCCUGGUAACUCGGUUACUGGAACUGGAGAGAUUACAGCACAUGACGAUCCAGAAGGAGCGGCCGCGCCUCCCUCUGCUGGCCUGCGGUUCAGCAGUUUCUGAACACCCGUCCGCCUCCAAAGCUGCACCAAAAGCAAGGCCAGCAAAGCCGCCUGACGCUCCGAGUGUCCCGGUACCUGGUGUGGAUAAAAACCGAGACAAAGCGAAAACCAGUUCUGCUUCUGGCAAGCCUGAACAAAAUACGUCAAGAUGGCAUUGCAGCGACGGCAGCAGAGGUAAAUGGACCCCCAGACCACUGCCUCUGAGAAGUCCGUCCACCACAAAACCACCGGCUGCCACCUACGACGACACUAAGAACACCCAAAGUCCCAUUUUAAACCCAUGCCAAGAAGUCUCACCCAAGUCUAGUACCACCCAAACAAGCCAAGCACCGGUUAAAACGCUCUCAAAACGCUAUCUGCCACCAAGAUCUCCAAUACCAGUUUCCUCCGUAGCCUUGUCUUUUCCUGAAAAUCACAGGGAAGAACCGAAGACGCCAAAGACCAGAAAGAAACUCCACCAUAGAACUGUACUACUGAAGAGACCGUUCUACAUUCAGAAGCUAAACUAUUUGUCACCUUUUAUAGGUAAGGGUAAGUGCUCACUCAUUGACCAAAAAUAACUCUUUCAUACAUUCCAUGGUGAGCAAAUCCAUUCUAAGGAGUCCAGCUAAAAUGUGCUUCAUUCAUUCUGAGAUACAGGCAUUAAAAACAGAAAUCACACAAUUGCUUGGUUGAUUUGAAAUCAGUGCUGCAGUGUCUGUGCAAAGGGCCUCUACACCGACACAUCUGACAAUCUUUUGCACUUGUUUUGAAGAGAGGUUUUACUUUGUAAACCAAAAUGUUCAGAAGAUUGUUCGUUUUUUUGCAGUAUAAUCCCACUGUCA